ACUUUUCUCGGGUCCAUUGUGUAGUAAGCUAGCACUGGGUAGCUAGCUAGCUAGCUAACCAUACCAGCCGCUUUUUUGCAUAACAUUUUGAAACACAAAAUGGAGUAUUCGUGUUUGAUACGCUGAGAUCCCGAUAUCAGUGACUAAAGUUGGAGUUGCUCGCUCGUCUUGGAUAUCAUGCCUCUUGCCGAGCGAAAAUCGAUGUCUGACAUCCGCCACUCGUUGCUGCGGCGCGACCCGCUCAGCGCGGCCAAGGAGGCGCUCUACCACCUGGACAUCUCUCUGGGCAGCGCGCUCCAGACCUCCGGAGGCUCCGGCGGCUCGCCCCCCAUCGAGAAGAGCAGCGUGGACCUCGUGGAGGAGUUCAUCUUCCACGCGCCCAAAGACAACAGGAAUGUCCAGACCAAGAGGCUGUCGUGUCUGCAGGAACUGCAGCUGCUGGAGAUCAUGUGCAGUUACUUCCAGGAGCAGAGCCGCGACGGCGUGCGCCACCUCAUCUUCUCCGCCCUCUUCGGUCUCCAGGGCAACCAGGUCGACGACAGCCGCAUGGCCAUGCUUUCCAAGCUAGUCUCCAUGGCGAUCGCCGUGGGACGCGUCCCCAUACUGGAGUGCGCUGCUACCUGGCUGCAGCGUUCCCAUGCAGUGUGCUGUGUGCGUGUGGCUCGUGUGUUGGUGGACGAUUACUGUAAGGUCGUGCCUGGCUCCGCCCACACCCUGAAGCAGGUGUUCAACACAAGCCCCGCCUUCUGUUGCCAGUUCAUCACCGCGGUUACGGCCCUUUACGACCUGUCCUCAGAGGAUCUGACUCCUCCCCCUGCUCUGCUGGAGAUGGUUGUCGAUUGGAUAACAGAGGACCCCAGACUCCUCCUCCUGACCUUCCUGAACACGCCCGUCCCGGCAGGCAGCCAAUCCCGCGGCUGCCUGGAGCUCACGCCCCUCCUGGGCCUCUUGCGCUGGUCCGUCAAAGCCCCGCUAGCCAAUCAGAGGAACCGCAAGCACGCUCUAGCCAAUGGGCACGCAGAGCUGGAGAAGGGGGCGGGCAAAGGGGUGGAGUAUGAUGAGCUCUACUCCAAACUCCACCUGAGUGUGCUGCAGGUGUUCCUUAUGCUGCAGGUGCACCUGACAGAGAAGAAUCUGAUUGGUCAGCUGUCGGUGCUGCAGUGGGAGCACGUCGUUGGAUUGGUGGACGAGGUGGGGCGCCUGGGGGAGGAGCUUAACCCUCUUCAUGCCGCCGGUCAUGUCCAGCUGGCUCUGGAUAGGCUGGCCCAGGCCAUGCAGGUCGCCAUGGCGACGGGAGCGCUCCUGUGUGCCCGAGAUGAGCUCAGACCACUGUGUUCUAGACUGCCUCACAACAAUUUGAUGCAGCUGGUGAUGUCAGGCCCGUUCCAGCCCCCCCUGUACCCCCACAUCCACGCGCCCCGCCCCACGGGUCUGCCCCCCCUGCCCCCCCACACCAGCCCCCUGUCCCCGCACAUCCACUCCGCCCUGUCGCCUCACGCACACACACACACACACGCACACGCUCACGCCGCGCUCUCGCCUCACAACACACACACACACGCCGUCAUCUCACCACACGCCUUCCACCCAGCCAUGGGAUUUCCUUAUCGGCCCAUACGCUAAACACACACACACACACACACACACACCGCGCACACAGACACGCACACCACACACACACACACGCACACCACACACACACCACGCCUUCCACCCAGCCAUGGGAUUUCCUUACCGGCCCACUUUCCUUACCGACACUGAAAACACACACACACACAAAAUGCAUGUAUGUACAAACUCAUACACCUAUCAUCACAUACACUUAAGUACAACUACAAGUACUCAUUCGCAGCUAGACACGCUAACACACACACACACACACACACACACACACACACACUAAUACUGACUCACACACAGACAGACAAGUGCC